AUGGCUUACCAGGCAUCCUCACCGUCAUGGCUUGCGGCCGCUCUGGCCCUCUUCUCCCUCUUCUCUCUGCUGCUUCCCGCCAAUGCCCUGUACUUCUACGUGGACGGCCGCCACACAAAGUGCUUCUUCGAGGACCUGCCCAAGGACACCCUGGUAGCAGGCAAAUUCGAGACCCAAGUGAUCAACCCCAACACCAACACCUACGCGAUCGACCACAACCUCCAGAUGCGGAUCACUGUCGACGAGACCUUCGACAAUGACCACCGCGUCGUUAGCAAGCGCGAGAACCACUCCGGACGCUUCACUUUCUCUGCCGCGGACGCCGGCCAGCACCGCAUCUGCUUCACGGCUGAAACCGAUAUCUCGACUUCAGGCUGGAUGUCCAGCGGCCAGGGCGCCGUCAAGGUGACGCUGGAUAUUGCCAUUGGCGAGACGAGCAAGAUCGAGACCGAGGACAAGGACAAGAUGAAGGAUAUCGUGCAGCGUGUGCGUGAUCUGAACGGCCGCUUGCACGAUAUUCGUCGCGAGCAGGUGUACCAGCGGGAGCGCGAGGCUGAGUUCCGCGACCAAUCCGAGACCACCAACUCCCGCGUCGUCCGCUGGACCCUGAUCCAGGUGGCCGUCCUGUCUGCCGCUUGCGCCUGGCAAUUAUCGCACCUGCGGUCGUUCUUCAUCAAGCAGAAGCUGACCUAG